AUGAAUUUCAUCACAGCGAAUAAUGGCUGCCCUAUGGAUGCAAUGCACACAAACAUUGCGAAUUUUGAUAUCGCAACACCCACGAAACUAUCGAUGUUGCCGACUUGCCAUGCUCUUCUUCUUCCGGAUCGGAUGCAUUCGAAGAGGAACCACGAUCGCAUGGAUAGCACGAGAGAGAAGCAGACAUCAAAGUCCUUCUGCAGCUUGGACUAUUUGACCCGAGAGGCACACAUGAUCUCAACUUGUACUUUUGCUGCUUCCAGCAGCAAUUUGAAGUUGCACCAACACAGUUGGAAGUCCGUCAGCCGAUUCUCUGAAACGAAUGGAACAAUGAAAAACGCAGUUUUCGAGAUUUAUGGUUCAAGAACAAGACGACGCCCUAGGGCAUUGGUAGCUCGCAACAGCGCGGCACAUGAUCUUAUGAGAAAGGAGCUACUGCUCGACGACAUGGGCAGUCUACUUCGAAGAAUGACGGAAUACCGAAGACAGGUAAAAUCCAAAACAUUCAUCCCAGAUUUUGAUAGUGAUUCGGAAGAAGAAGAUCUCGAAUGA